GAGAGGAAAACUCGUUGGGUUUCUCUCUGACGUCCUCAUGAAAGCUGCUGCAACUCUGAACGCUAUCAGGACAGAGCAGACAGCUGCCAAACCCACCGACACACACACACACACACACACACACACACACACACACACACACACACACACACACACACACACACACACACACACACACACACACACACACACACACACACACACACACUCACACACACACUCAGUGUUGGACAUGAGGCGGUUCGGUGACAGUUGGGAGUAACCGGCUCUUCAUCCAGUCAGGAUGUCGGUGAAGCUGCGAUUCGACUCUCCCUCAGACGGAGGUUUGAUCCACAGGAGCCGCUCCUUCACCGGGUUCAGCUCUCUGACUGGACGACGACGGCCGUCCUCCAUUCGUAGCUCUGUCCGCUCCAAAACCACGACGGGAGGUAAAUCUCCCAGAAUGCACUUGUCUCCCAGCAGAAGGGGCGGGGCUAUCUGGUCUCUGCAGCCGGAGCAGGUGGACCAGGUUUUCAAGGCUCUACGCAAAGGACUCAAAGAAUACCUGGAGGGUCACCAGACUGAGAUGGACUUCCUGUCUUCACAGCAGAGAGAAACCAAGAGGAACUCCAGACUGGCCUUCCUGUAUGAUCUGGAGAAGGAGAUCAGAGCCUUGGAGAGAUACAUACGGAGACUAGAGUUUCAGAUCAGUAAGGUGGACGAGCUGUAUGAGACGUACUGUGUCCAGUGGAGACUCUGUCAGGGAGCCGUGAACAUGAAGAGAGCGUUCUCUCUGUCUCCGUCCUCCAGAGCCUCCAGAGACAGUCUGCUGGAACUCAGCCGCAACCACCGACACAGUCUGCAGGACAUGUCAGUCAUGGAGGAGGAGUUAGAAUUCCUCCUGGGAGAGCUCCACAUCAAGAUGAAGGGUCUGAUUGGUUUCGCUCGGCUCUGCCCUGGAGACCAGUACGAGGUGGUGGUGCGUUUGGGACGCCAGCGAUGGAGGAUCAGAGGGAGGAUCCAAUCAGACGACACGCAGUCCUGGGACGAAGAAGAGAUGGUCUUCCUCCCGCACAUACACCACCACUUUGAGAUCAAGGUGACGGAGGCGAAGGGUUUGGGUUGGCUGCUGGUUGGCAUGGUGACGUGUGCCAGCGCCGACUUCUUCGUGGCGAGGCCUCAGCUGAUGCUGGUGGACGUCACGGAGCUGGGAACCAUCAAACUACAGCUGGAGGUCACCUGGAAUCCGUUCGACAGCGCUGAGAGGAUGAGGCCGCUGUCCGUUAGCAGACAGUCGGUGUCCAGCAGGAAGAACUCCAUGUACAGCUGGACGGCUCCCAGUACUCCGUCCUUCACCGAGAAGUACUUCAUAUCGAUGAUGCGUGAGCUUCAGGACGGAGAAGGUUCUCUCCCGUCUCUGGUGUCUAGAAGUCGACCAAUCAGAGGAGGCGUGUCUCUGAUCAGCUACCUGUCCGACCCGUCACACGCCGCCGUCACACCUGACCACGGCGCUCAGAGAAGCUUCAGUCUCAGGAGGACUCACAGCUUCCCCUCCAGCCACAGUCAGGGAACCAGUCUGGGAGGAAGCCAGACUCAGCUGUCCCUCGGGGGGGAAGGAAUCCUGGACGCCUCCUCUGAGGAGAAGGAGAGGAGGAAGAGGAGGGAGGAGGAGGAGGAGGAGUGGGGGAGUGUGUUAGAUACUCCCUCUACAGCAGAGGAGAGUCAGACGGGUUCUCCACAGAGGCCCAGCACUCCGGACAUCCUCAGACAGAACACAUCUGGAGACCAGGAGCCGCUCUGUGUUCAGGACUCUCCAGACUGUCCGUCGUAUUCUGGACCCGCCUCCAUAAGCCCCUCCCCUCCCACGGCCGUGGCCCCGCCCACAGGGAGGCCGGGGGUGAGCGGCGUCCAGCGGCGGGCCCAGGCCGUCCGUCUGGGAGCCCUGAUGGUGGAGCUGGAGAAGACGUUACAGAACCAGAGCGGCUGUGAGACGGAGCUGAGAGGUCUGGACCACCAGGUCCUUCACCUGGCUACCAUCCUGAAGAACAACCUCUCUCUGCUGAGAAGCUCCUCCUCAGAGGAGACGCUCGCUGUGGAGGAAGUCCUGGGCAGCUUUGACUUCCUGUCACAUGACUUCAACGCAGACGACGACGACACUUCCUGUUUGGGCAGCCUGAGACUGAAAGACAGCGGCAUCAGCUCUUUGCAGCAGAGCGCCCUGAGGAGACUCGACCAAUCAGCUGCUGAGGAAGAGCUGGUCGUCACCCCGCUGACUUCUGGGAAUUGGGGUCUGGACCAGGCUCUUGAGACUCACCUGGAUACAUGUUGCAUCCUGCUGCAGAUGAUCAGAAGCACCGACUUCAGUCCAUCCAGGAGGAACCUGCUGCAGGACCUGAGCCUCCAGGCUGAAGUCCUGCAGAGGAUCAGCUGUGUGCUGCUGGAGAGGAACAGCAGCAUCUCUGCUGGAGACAUCCUCCCGGAGGCCCAGAGGACGAAGGAGGUGCUGCUGUUCUGGGAGGACUGUGUGACGGACAGCUGCUCUCCUUUCUGUUGCGUCUCCGGCAGUUUCUCCAGAACGUUAAAGAAACGUUACUCCCACAAGGUGAAGGCCAAGCAGCCGGGCCAGUCGGACAAAGUGUUUUCCCGCCUCCUGCAGCAGCUCCAGACGGUCUCCCGUUCGAUGCCCAGCCUUCGUCCGCUCUGCAGCCCAGACAGGGUGACCCUCUUCCAGCUGUGGGUGUAUCUGAAGCUGUGGAGCGUGGAGGAUCUGGGAGAACACGUCUCACGUCUCUCCAGAGAAGAGUACAUCCUGUCAGCCCUGAGGAGCCCCAAAAGGAGGCGUGCUCUAAACAAGCUGAGGGGGCGGGGCAUCGUGGAGCUCCUCCCCCUGGGAUUCACGCUGCAGACUCUGGCCGCCCUGCAGGUCGACUCCAACCUCAAAGUCUGCAAAGCUGCUGCUGGCUGUCUCUGCAGAGCUGCAGGCUGCAGGGCCUUCAGGGGCCAGGCCGUGGUUUACUACACAGAGAGUCUGAAGAGCACUGAUGUUCUGACCCAACAUGCCUCCUGUCUGGCUCUGAAAUGCCUCAGGGCCACAGAGAGCGUGGACCACAUAGCAGACUUGUGGAGAUCAGCUGAUGAAGAUCUUCGCGGCGCUGCCAGAGAAACCGUCCUCUCCUUCGGUAAGAAGGGCCACCUGGCCUUCCAGAGGAUGGACCAGCUGUUCACGGAGAUGCAGGAGGAGUUCUACCAGAACCAAGAGACCGAGAUCACCUUCCUCUAGGAGACCGGUCUGGACCUUCAAGAGGUCUUCCUCUGGAGGGGUCCACCAUGAAGAGUCUCAGUGAGAGACCUGAUAACGUUCAUGAGGAGUCCUACCUUCUGAUCUCCGUUUGAAGAGCUCCGUGGUGUCUUCAUGAAGAAACCAGAGAUACGAGGUCAGAGGUCAGAGGUCAGAGUUCUCCGGACGGAUCGAUCAUCUCUCACGUUUUUAACCCAAAGCUUUGAUCUGCUUCAUCGAAGUGACUUUAGUGGAAACGUGACGUUAUUUUGGUGAAUAUGUUGAGUUUUGGUAGAGAAGGAGGAGCUUAAAGCUAUAAACUAUUUCAUGCUUCUCCUGUUGGGACUUAUGUCAAAGGUCAACAUGGUUGUCUUAUUGUAAAGUGAAGGACACAUUAAUUAUUAUACAUCAUGUCAGAAGUGUGUGAUUAAGAGGCAUAAUGAUCAAUAAUAUAAUGAUCAAUAAUAUAAUGAUCAAUAAUAUAAGGUGAACAUUAAACCUCUAAUAACAGCUGAACACAGACCAGGUUCUAACAGAGAACGACUGAGAGGAGAGAGGAGAGAGGAGGGAGGAGAGAGGAGAGAGGAGGGAGGAGGCGUAACAGCAUUUAAUAACUCUGCUCCAUAAAUCUGUUGUUCAGAGUUUCCUGCUUAGCUUUGUUUGGCUGAAGACAGUGAGCUGUCAGUAGAGUUCUAAUUAUGAGCAUUGAUUUAAUUUAUUCAUCCUGAAGCAACACAGACGAAAUGAACCGCUGGAUAAAUAUAAAGCUUUACAACUCAACAUGAUUAAUGCAUGAAAGAGUUGAAGAUGUUUCAUGAACUCAAAAUUAUAAAAUCAUUACUUCAUACAUUCAAAUUAGCUGGAGUCCUGUUAUUUUCAUUUUCAAUGACUCUGUAAAAUAUUCUCUUGAUUGAUGGAUUAUUUGUUUUGUCUCUAAAAUGUCUAGUUUUGUUUCAGUUAACUCUGAUAUAAAAACAAUUAAGGAGCUGAAAGCUAUAAAUUCUUCACAUUUCUGCUUCUUAUCAUCUCCACCAGGAGUAAACCUGAGAGGAGGUGAUGUGUUCGGGCGUGUGAGUGACUCUGUGAGUCCGUGUGUCCGUCUCUCAUUUUGCAGCUGAUAUUAAUAUUAAGAGAGACAGAAACCAAGUGAAGGACUGUGAGUGUCUGAGUGACACAAACUAACACAAUAAAUAAAACAUAAACUAUAAAUGAUGUCGCAACGCAGCAGAGACUGUGGGCUGAAACAAAACGAGUGCACAUGAACUGGUUUAAUAAAUGUUUAGUUUCUUCUUAUGAUACAUCCUGCAUUAAAUCCUGUGUGUUGUAACCUUU